AUGCUUGUUGCCAAUUCAUAUUUAACUGGAUUUGUAUUAGGAAUCGAGACACUUUCGAUGGGUGUAUUUACAUUACAAAAUGAUCUUAAACAAAUUGAAUAUCAAGAUUCAUUAUGUAUUAUUCGAGGAUAUUUAAGUUAUAGUUUAUGUGCUGUAGAAAAUUAUUCUUUUUUAGCAGAAGCAUUAUAUCGUUACAUGAUGGUGGUUUAUCCGAAUUAUUUAUUUUGGCAAUCAGCACGAAUACAAUUACUAUUUCUUUGUUCAACUUGGAUAUUUGCUUUAAUAUUUCCUAUUCCAUUUAUAUUUACUGGUGGAAUAAUCUAUAAUGUUGAUAAUCAAAUAUGUCAAUUACCAUUUCAAUUAUCUAUUUCUUUAGUUUUUGCAGCAACUUCUGUUUUUGCAUUACCUAUGUCAAUGACAAUAUUUAUUUAUCUAAGAUUAGUUCAAUAUGUGAAAGAAAUGAGUCGACGUGUAGUGCUCACAAAUAGUUUAUCUCGAGCAAAACGAGAAUUAAAAAUGGUUCGUCGUUUAGUUAUACUUGUCAUUAUUAUAUUUGCUGUCGCUUCUCCUUACGCAUUAUUUGUUCUCAUAUCAUUUUUUACUGCUCCACCUAAAUAUCAUUUUCGUAUUGGUUAUAUAUUUAUUAAUCUAUCAGUAGCAUCUGUAAUGAUGGCAUUACUUCAGUUUACUGAUCCACUUAAAGCAUCUAUAAAGAAAAUUAUAUAUGGUCGAUUAAAUACCGUUACACCAACAAUGACAUAA